CUCCUUGCUCCCCCCCAGGCUGAGGCAGAGGUGGCAUCCCUGAACCGCCGCAUCCAGCUGGUGGAGGAGGAGCUGGACCGGGCCCAGGAGCGCCUCGCCACCGCUCUGCAGAAGCUGGAGGAGGCUGAGAAGGCCGCAGAUGAAAGCGAAAGAGGCAUGAAAGUCAUUGAAAACAGAGCUCUGAAAGAUGAGGAGAAGAUGGAACUGCAGGAGAUCCAGCUGAAGGAAGCCAAGCACAUUGCAGAGGAGGCGGACAGGAAGUAUGAGGAGGUUGCUCGGAAGCUGGUGAUCAUAGAAGGAGACCUGGAGCGUACUGAGGAGAGAGCUGAGCUCGCAGAGUCUAAAUGUUCCGAGCUGGAGGAGGAGCUGAAGAAUGUCACCAACAAUCUCAAGUCUCUUGAGGCUCAGGCUGAGAAGUACUCCCAAAAAGAGGAUAAAUACGAGGAAGAGAUCAAGAUCCUGACCGAUAAACUCAAAGAGGCGGAGACCCGUGCUGAGUUUGCUGAGCGCUCCGUAGCCAAGCUGGAGAAGACCAUCGACGAUUUGGAAGAUGAGCUCUAUGCCCAGAAACUGAAGUACAAAGCAAUUAGUGAGGAACUGGACCACGCCCUGAAUGACAUGACUUCCAUGGCCCGAAGAGCCCUUCAGGAAUCGAGCUUUGGUGAAAUGGGACAUCUCCCCUGGUUCCCCGAACCUCAGAUAAACUGAAAUCCACCAAAGAGGAGCAUCUCUGCACGCAACGAAUGCUGGACCAGACCCUGCUAGACCUGAACGAGAUGUAAUGGAGCCCCGCUGCUGCCUCUGCCACACGACGCCCGGGGUCAGCCCAGCCCCCGCUGCCCUCUAACCCUUGGGCUCCGUUUCCUUUCUGUUGCCAACUUGCCCCAAUGCAGCUCUGCUUCUUCACCUGGGGGUUAGAGGUCACCGGGUUGGGCAGAGCUUCACACAGCGUAAUUAAGGGAAAUAAACGAUGCAAUAAUGUUGGGGGAGAGCAUGUUUGAGAUGUACACAUUUUGUAACUACCUUCUUUUUCCUUUUUUUUUUUUUUUUGUAGCAACCAUUGUAAACAUUCCAAAUAAGCGAUGCUGGUGAGCUACAAACAAAGCUCUGGGCUUUAAUUUUGGUAUUAACCCCUUGGAGCCCAGUUUGGGGGAGAGGAGGUGGGAGUGGGGCUGGGCUGGGCAUGCUUUGCUCUGAGAGCUGCUUGCCAAACGAGCAGUUCCAUUUCUCAGCUUUAAGGUAACUCUGUGGAGAAGCAAUUUGAGCAAAAGCAGUUUUGUUUUUUUUUGUGUGUGGUUUUUUUGUUUGUUUGUUUGUUUUAAAUUUUUCCCCUUGUUCUCCAAACAGCUCAAGCUGUUGGGUCAGUGGUUGUUCCCUUUUCCCUCCCCGGUGUUCCCCUUUCCUUUCUCACGGGUUCCACGCAGCCGUGGCUCCCGAUGCCCAGGGGUGGCUCUGCCUUCACUCAGUGCUUUGCCCCUCAUCCCUGGGCUCAGCCUGACAGCUUCAGUCCUGCUUUUCUCCAAGCAGUUCUGCCUCCCCAGGCAGAGGCCUUUCCCUCCGGGCCCGCAGAGCUCCCACGUCUCCCCCUGUGGUGUCUGUGAGGCCGAGCGCAGGCAGGCUGGGCCGUUGCUGUGUGCUCGUUGCGGUUACGGGGCCAAUCUGGAGGAAAAAAAAAAAAAGCAAACAAAAGAACGAUGUCGAGUGUUUUGAUACUAAAUUGAGAACUUGUCUUACUGUCUUUUGAAAUAAAAAGCGAUCUCUCCA